AUGACACCCAUCUACGUGGAAAGCAUAGGAGAAAGAUCCUGGUUUGUUGGAAGAAAAAAGAAGCACAUAAUCAAAGAAGCUAUUUCCUGUGAGCUACAUCUUGAUCAAAGCAAGCUGUUGACAGACAGAGAGAUGGACAUAAUGACAAAGGUGAGGAAUGAGACAACAGUCCAGGAGUUCAUCCUGGAGGGGUUUCCUGCUGUCCAGCACCUGGGGAGUGUGCUGUUCCUGGUGCACCUGCUGGCGUACCUGGCCUCUGUCAUGGGAAACAUGCUCAUAAUCACCAUCACCUGGGCUGACCAUCGCCUACAGACACCAAUGUAUAUUUUACUCAGCAGUUUUUCCUUCUGUGAAUGUGGUUUUAUAACCAUAGUCAUUCCUAAACUGCUGGUCAUCUUUCUUUUAGGAAGGCAAACAAUUCCCUUUACUGACUGUCUCACACAAGCCUUUUCUUUUUUAUUUCUUGGGGCAACAAUUUUCUUCCUCAUGGCUGCCAUGUCCUUGGAUCGCUACCUGGCCAUUUGCAAACCUCUGCACUACCCAAGCAUCAUGAAUCUGAGGAUUUGUUUCCUUCUGGUUGUCUUCUGCUAUGCUUUGUCCUUCAUCAUCAUCACUGGUCUGGUUGUCAAGGUUUCCCAGCUGUCCUUCUGUGGCCCCAGUGUCAUCCCUCAUUUCUUCUGUGAUAUUGGCUCCUUAAUUCAUCUCUCCUGUUCUGACACUAGAUCUACUGAAAUCUUGGCCUUUGGUCUCAUUUCCUUCAUUUUGUUUUCAUCUCUCGUUGUAACCAUCAUUGCAUAUAGCAACAUAGUCGUCACAAUCAUGCAUCUCCCGUCAGCCAAGGAGCGGCAGAAAGCUUUCUCCACCUGCUCCUCCCACCUCAUUGUCCUCUCUCUGAUGUAUGGCAGCUGCGUCUUUAUAUAUGUGAAACCUAACCAAAUGGACAGGCUGGACUCCAACAAAGAGGCUGCUCUUGUGAACACGGUGGUGACCCCACUGCUGAACCCGGUCAUCUACACUCUGCGGAACAAGCAGGUUCACCAAGCUCUGAGGGAUGCUCUGUUCAGGGUGAAAUUGCACAAAUAGGAACAUAGCUUUUUGAGAGUAAGUAGAUCUCCUUAGUCAUCCAGUUCACUUUCCCACCAUUGCAGAAAUCUUGUCCAUAAAUUCUCCACUUUAAGGUGAUCCCGCUUAUGGUACUGUUUACCUAGAUGGAUACUACCUUAUCUUGCAACUCAAUGCCUUCCACUAUUUGAAAAUUCAGAUUAUUUCCCUAUACUGUGGUAAAAUUAUCUUCCUUGUUUUCUGCUCAUUGGUCUUAUAUGAAUUCCACUCAGCAACAUUUAUGGAGAACCUAAUAUACAUAGACGAAAUAACACAAAGUUUUUAAGCAAAGGAUAAAA